AUGUCCCAACCAGAACCCCCCCCUCAAGACCCAAAACUCCCCAAAGACAAAUACACCUCCCUCCUCAACACCCUCUCCCUCUCCAUCUCAAAAUCUCACUCCUCCAUCCUCUCCUCCAUCUCCCACCACCGCAAAGCUCCCACAACCAAGUCCUCACUCUCCUCCACCUCCCGCCACCAACCCCCUCCCCAAAGCAACACCGACUCGGACCUAUCUUACAUCCCCCCACCAAAUCAAGGCAUCGGCUUCUCCUCAUCCAAACCCCUCCCCACAGCCCAACAGCUCGCAACCGACGACCUCAAGAAAAAACUCCUGGGGAAAAACGCCUUGCGACAAAAAGAGGAAGCAAAGCGCAAGAAGGAAGAGAGCGAGUCCGAGGAUGAGGUCGGGAGGGGGGGGCUGGGACGCAAGACAAAGAGGGGGAGGGUAGCGGAGCCGGAACCGGCAGGGAGGAGAAAGAAGAAGGUCAGGGUUGAGGAGCCUAAGCCUGUCAGUACCGGUGAAGAAAAGGGUAUUUCAGCUGCGGCUGUGGAGGGGAAGGAGGAGGGUGUAGAAGGAGAUGUUCAGACGGAGGAUGUGCUUGGGAACGACGAAAAAGAGGAAGUAACACCACCGACGAUAAAUGGAAAAGAAAAGGUGGACGGGGAGGACAAAGAGAAGAAAAGGAAGAGGAAAAAGAAGAAUGAGAAAAAGAAGAGAAAGGCAUCUACGACAGAGGGAGGUGGUGAUGGAGAUGGGGCUGCUGUGGAGGGGGAUGAGUAG